GGGAGUGUGGGGGCAGGAUCAGUCCAGCUCUUCCCAGCAGUAAGGAGACCUGCAAGCCCCGGGGUGGCGGUCCUUCCACGAUGUGGCUUUUCGCUCUAGGCCUGAUCUCCCUCGCUGCUUCCACGGUUUGGGGGCACCCACCCUCGUCACCUGUUGUGGACACCGUGCAGGGCAAGGUCCUGGGGAAGUAUGUCAGCUUGGAAGGAUUUGCACAGCCUGUGGCUGUUUUCCUGGGAGUCCCUUUUGCCAAGCCUCCGCUCGGAUCCCUGAGGUUCGCUCCUCCGCAGCCGGCAGAACCUUGGCUCUUCGUGAAGAACACCACCUCUUACCCGCCCAUGUGCUCGCAAGACGCAGUGGCCAGUCAGGUGAUCUCAGAGCUUUUUACCAACACGAAGGAGAACAUCCCUUUCAAGAUUUCUGAAGACUGCCUUUACCUAAAUAUUUACACACCCGCUGACCUGACGAAGAAAAGCAGGCUGCCGGUGAUGGUGUGGAUCCAUGGAGGUGGCCUGAUCGUGGGUGGGGCGUCAACCUACGAUGGGCGGGCCCUCGCUGCCCAUGAAAACGUGGUGGUGGUGACCAUUCAGUACCGCCUGGGCAUCUGGGGAUUCUUCAGCACAGGGGAUGAACACAGCAGGGGGAACUGGGGCCACUUGGACCAGCUGGCCGCUCUGCGCUGGGUCCAGGACAACAUCGCCAACUUUGGAGGGAGCCCAGAUUCGGUGACCAUCUUUGGAGAGUCAGCAGGAGGUGAAAGUGUGUCUGUCCUCGUGUUAUCUCCGCUGGCCAAGAAUCUCUUCCACCGGGCCAUCUCUCAGAGUGGUGUGGCCCUCACUGAUGCCCUGGUCACGGAAGACAUAAAGGCCACAGCUCAGCAAAUUGCUUCCUUCGCUGGAUGUAAAACCACCACGUCGGCUGUCAUUGUGCACUGCCUGCGCCAGAAGUCCGAGGACGAGCUCUUGGAGACGUCGCUGAAGUUGAAAUUUUUCACUCUGGAUUUACAUGGAGACCCCAGAGAGAGCCAACCCUUCCUGCCCACUGUGGUGGACGGACUGCUGCUGCCAAAGAUGCCUAAAGAGAUUCUGGCUGAAAAGGAUUUCAACCAUGUCCCAUACAUCAUUGGGGUCAAUAAGCAAGAGUUCGGCUGGCUUCUUCCGGUGAUGAUGGGCUAUCCUCUCUCUGAAGGCAAGCUAGACCAGAAGACAGCCACGUCACUGCUGUGGAAGUCGUACCCCAUCACCAACAUCCCUGAGGAACUGACGCCACUUGCCACGGAACGGUAUUUAGGAGGGACAGACGACCCUGUCAAAAAGAAAGACCUGUUCCUGGAUUUGAUUGGAGACGUGGUAUUUGUUGUCCCAUCUGUGACUGUGGCCCGUGGCCACAGAGAUGCCGGCAACCCCACCUACAUGUAUGAGUUUCAGUAUCACCCAAGCUUCUCGUCAGACAUGAAACCCAAGACGGUGAUAGGAGACCACGGGGACGAGAUCUUCUCAGUCUUCGGCGCCCCGUUUUUGAAAGAGGCUGUCUCAGAAGAGGAGACCCAACUCAGCAAGAUGAUGAUGAAAUUCUGGGCCAACUUUGCUCGAAAUGGGAAUCCCAAUGGAGAGGGGCUGCCCCAUUGGCCAGAGUACGACCAGAAGGAAAUGUACCUACAGAUUGGUGUCACCACGCAGGCAGCCCAGAAGCUGAAAGACAAGGAAGUGGCUUUCUGGACUGAGCUGCUCACCAAGGAGACAGCGAAGAAGUCACCCCAAACGGAACACGUUGAGCUGUGAAUGAGAGGCCCUGCCAGCCUUGACGAUCUAGGGGAACUUCGAUGGGUAAUUGUACAGAAGGUGUUUUGGAGCCAAGGAGGCGCCUUGUUGUGGAGGCUGACGAGUAAUCUGGUGGCCGUGGGCAGAGGCUGUGGAGCGGGAAUUGGCCUCACUUUUGGAAAUAAUGUUCUUUUGGUGACCAAG